CAUAAUGGAUGACACACAAACAUCCCGAGAUGAAGAUUUUUCUCCAGGAUGCAGUUCAGUUCAUCAGAAGAGAUCAAAACCAGAGCCCAGAUGUGUGUCUAUGAGGAGCGGCGAGUCUAUAGGUCAUCCACAACAUUUCAGUUCAGUUCGUCAGAAGAAAUCCGAACCAGAGCCCAGCUUUGUGUCUAUGAGGAGUGACGAGUCUAUAGGUCAUCCACCAAAUCUCAGUUCAGUUCACCAGAAGAAAUCAGAACCAGAGCCCAGCUGUGUGUCUACGAGGAGUGACGCUUCUUUGGAUCGUCCAAUUAAUUCUAAGAGUGAUGACACAAGGUCAAUCCUGCAACACAGAUCCGUAACAAAACCUGUCUGUAAGAAAUAUGACCAGUCUAUGAAUCAACCACAAGACAGCACGUAUCCUGGUGUAAGCCUUGAAGUCCUCCACACGUUUAGAUCCAAUCUGAUGAAGAAGUUUGGGCGUCUGUAUGAGGGAACAGCGACGCAGGGAAACCCAACACUCCUGAAUGACAUCUACACAGAGCUCUACAUCACAGAGAGUGAGAGUGGAGAGAUCAGUAAUGAGCAUGAGGUGAGACAGAUUGAGACACAAUCCAGGAGAGCAGAAACAGAGGACACCGCCAUCAAAUGCAAUGACAUCUUUAAACCUUUACCUGGACAAGACAAAGCCAUCAGAACUGUGCUGACAAAGGGAGUCGCUGGCAUUGGAAAAACAGUCUCUGUGCAGAAGUUCAUCCUGGACUGGGCUGAAGGGAAAGAGAAUCAGGACGUCCAGCUCAUAUUUCCACUUCCAUUCAGAGAAAUCAAUCUGAUGAAGGACAAAACACUCAGUCUCUCAGAUCUUCUUCAUAUCUUUUUCCCUGAAACUAAAGAAAUGGAAAUAUCCAGUGAUGAAUAUAAAGUGUUGUUCAUCUUUGAUGGUCUGGACGAGUGUCGUCUGUCUCUGGACUUUAAUAUUAAUGAGAUUCUAUGGGAUGCAAACAAAACAACAUCAGUGGACGUGCUGCUCACGAACCUCAUUGAGGGGAAUCUGCUUCCCUCUGCUCUACAGAGUAAAAAUGGACAUCUGGAUCUUUUCCUGCGGUUCCUUCUGGGUUUGUCAGUGGAGUCUCAUCAGAUGCUCUUACAACGAAUAAUGACACUGAAAAGCAGCAGCUCUGACAGCAAUGAGAAAACAGCUGAGUACAUUAAGAUGAAGAUCAGGACCAUUGACUCUCCAGAGCAAUCCAUCAAUCUAUUCCACUGUCUGAAUGAACUGGGUGAUCGUUCACUAGUGGCGGAAAUACAACAGUAUCUGAAAUCUGGAAAUUUAAGUGAAGCCAAACUCUCGUCAUCUCAGUGGGCAGCUGUAGUUUUUGUGUUGUUGACAUCAGAAGAGGAACUGAAUGAGUUUCGUCUUGAUAAAUUUGUUAAAGGAAAGAAUAAUCCUGAAAAUAUGAAAGUUCUUCAGAAGUUGCUGCCUGUGAUUAAAGAGUCCAGAUCAGUUCAGUUGAGUAAUUGUGGUGUCACAGAUGAAGAAUCCUCACUGUAA